ACGACUGCUCUACUCACAGAGCACUUCCGUUAUACGCCGCUUACACUCCUGGACGACAUCAUAAAUACUGUGAACGAAUUGGUCUUCCGAGCAGUCAACGCGAUUGAGGAGGGUUUCGCGGGUACGACAGCAGAGCAAUUAGGCUUUGAACUGGAUAAGAAGACUGCAGCUACCCUGCCAAAUGAACAAGCGCGACGCGAGGCGCUCAGUGAAUUGAAGCAGAAUGAGAUCGACAAUGGCAUUGUCAAACUGGAAAGUCUGCUGAACGCGACGGUGGACAAGGACUUCGACAAGUUCGAAAUCUACACGCUUCGAAAUAUCCUUUCGGUCGGCCAUGAAGAUGAUCUUGCAAAUUGGGUGCGCCUGGACCACUACAAGGGUGUGGAUGUGGUCAACAGUGACGAGGUGCCGACGCCUGAAGCAGUGCAGAUGCAGAGGCGCAAGCUGCAUGAGACUGCGAAGCUAAAUACUUUGCUGAGGGCCGAGGAGGCUAAGAACGCGGCCGUGCUACAACAGCUCAGCUCAUUGAUUGGAGCC